AAUUUACUAUCAACUGGACAUAGAAAAUAAGCCAACAUUUUACAUUACAGCGAAUGUAAUUAGAAAUAUAAAGAAAAUGCUAUUAAAAUAAAUGAAAUGUGUCUAUUUUUGGCAGCUAACGAUUGUGACGGUGGGCAUGACCUGCUUGCCAAAGUCAAAGAGAACAGCCUGAUGGGGACUUUUAUUGCCACCCUCAGUUUCACUGCACACCCAUCAGCCAAUCACAUGCGCUUAAAACUUUCUGGAAAAGAUGCCGAUUGGUUUUAUCUGGAGGGAAGGACCAUUAGACUGAACUCAACAUUAACUAAGAUUAUUGAUAGAGAGAUACACGGCUCACUUUUAACAGCAACUGUAAGGUGUUACGAACACAAAGUCCUACAGGCUGAACACAGGAUCAUGGUAGAGGUUCUGAACGAGAAUGACAACAAACCCGAGUUCCUACAAAGUUCAGUUCAUCCUCUGCUGCUCAGUGAGUUAACAGCGGUAAACUCUGUAGUGUUUACAGCCCAGGCCACAGAUGCUGAUAGAGACACACUCACAUACGUCAUUGAUGAAACAUCACCUGAUGCCAGGUAUUUCCGAGUGGACUUACCCAACAGUGGCAAAGUGAUUCUCAACAAGCCAUUGGACUACGAGAUCAAAACUCAGCUCCGACUGAUUCUUUAUGCAGUGGAGACAAACACAGAUGAGCACUACAACACAACUGCAACAAUAAUCAUCAAUGUGACAGAUGGGGACGACCAAUACCCACAGUUCCAGCCUUGUACUCUUCUCUCAGCCAAUCACAACAACCGCAUAUGUGCCAAUUCUCUGUACACUGCCAACAUCACAGAGAAUGAGCAGGACAUUGUCUUGGAUUUCUUUCCGGGUCCCAUUCAAGCGGUGGAUGGUGAUGAGGGUCUCAGAACGCCAGUAAAGUACACCAUCCUGUCAGGGGCAGAUAAUGGCAGAUUCGUCAUUGACAGUAAUUCUGGAGAGGUGAGGUUAACCAGACGUGUGGAGAACAGACUGCUGAUCCCGACACUGAGACUGCGUGUUAUGGCAGCUCAGACGGAUGACCCUCUGAAGUAUGCAAUAGCUACGGUUCUAGUGAGGGUCCUAGCAGAAAACAGGUUUCCACCACAGUUUAACCGUUCGACAUACCAAGGCUUUGUCAGCGCGAGCACAAGUCCUGCCUCACUCAUCAUGACAUAUGGCAACAAAUUACUUAUCCUGGAGGCCACGGAUCAAGACUUCACUGACGGCUUCAAUCCCAGAAUGCAGUAUUCUCUAAACUCCCAACACAACAGUUCUCGGCUCUUUUACAUUACACAAGAAGGACUGCUUAUCGCUAAAACCAGCUGGCUACACCCAGGCCACAAAUAUUUCCUAGAGGUUCUAGCCACUGACCUGGAAUCAGGAGACAUUGUUAAAGCUUUAUUGCAUGUGGAAGCUCUUCAGAAAGGCCAUCCAGUUCCACAAGGUCCUUUGGGGGCGGGGCAUGUGUAUAGUGGCGGGACGGUGGGCGUGUCAGGGGUGUGUCUGAUCCUGCUGGCCAUUACCUUAUUUACACUGGUCUGGUGCAUUCGGAUGAUCAGAGAGAAGCAGGAUCAUGUCAUUUGGACCAACGUGGCUGACAGCAGACACCCUAAUGUGGUAAGACACGAUAUAUUCAUGAAACCUGCAAAAAGGACAUGUUAAACUCUGCAUAUGUGCUGAAAAUAUCCAUAUGUUCCAAACGAAUUUCAUCCAAAGCAUAAGAAACAGAACAGUGUGCAACAACUUCAGUUUUGAACUUUCUAAACUAUUGUUU